AUGCCAUCAACACCCCCCAUUACCUCCCGCCCCGUGGUAGCCAUCGCAGGCGCCACAGGGCACCUAGGCAAACACGUCACCUCCGCCUUCCUCUCUCCCCCCUUCCACGCCUACUUCUCGGAGAUAAUCCUCUUAUCCAGACAUGACAACCCAUCCGUCCCUCCAGCACCAGAACAUUCUGGCGCAAUGGUGACAGUCCGGAAAUACGACGAGGACAACCUCUCCGCAGCCCUGGAGGACGUCGACGUGCUCGUCAAUACAAUCGGCGCAUCCGGCCACGAGUUCAAGGAGAAGCUGCUCCGUGCGUUACCCUCAACCGGGGUCCAGGUCUACUUUCCCUCCGAGUUCGGGGUGGACCAUUACGUUCAUGACUUCCCGCAUGGGGAAUGGGAUCAGAAGAAGAGGCAUUUUGAACUUGCGGGGCGGCUCAUCCCGCAGGUGAAGGUGUGCAGGGUGUUCUGUGGGUUGUUUCUGGAGGAUAGUAUCGGGCCGUGGUUUGGGUUUGAUACCGGCCGGGACAGGUAUGAGAGUGUGGGGAGUGCGAAAGCAUUGGUGUCGUUUACUGGAUUGGAGGAUGUAGGGAGGACGGUGGCGUCUUUGGCGGCGAUGCCAUUGAUGAGUAUUCCGGAGGUGGUGCACAUUGCAGGUGAUACGCGGUCGAUCGAGGAGAUUGCGAAAGUCAUGGAGGGUGCAGGGGCUGGGCCGAUUGAGAUCACGGAGGUUGAUCUGAUGAAGUACAAGGAGGAAACGACGGGGAGGGUCUCGAAUGACCCGGCCAGGUAUCUGCGUUUCCUGAUGGGGGAGAAUAAAAUCAAUCACACUCCGUCGGGGCUGGGGAGUGAUAAUGACUUGAUCAAUCUGCACGAGAAGACCUGGAAGUGGAAGACCAUGGAGGAUCUAGCCAAGUCGACCAACGGAAGGCCGUGGAAGGACGUUCAGUGGCCUCGUGAGUAG